AUGCCUCCACGAGCUGCACAUGAAGAGUAUCCAACAUGGGUUGGAUUUGUGUUCGUCUUCAAUCUGAUUGUAGGCACCGGAGCACUAGCGCUACCGUCCGCUUUUAGCCACGCGGGAUGGAUCCUUGGCUCGUUGGCCAUUGUGGUGCUGGCGUUCAUGAGCUACGUCACGGUAACGUUCGUUAUCGAAACGAUGGCCUGUGCGAAUGCCGUCCACAACUGGAAGCGUUUACAGUUCAUCAAACGUGAUCGCGUAAUCGAACACGAUGAAGACAGCAAUGUGGAAACGCUGAUCGAACAACCUCCUCUAUCGGUCGAUUCCGAGUCGGACAAUGAAGCUGCAGGGUCGGACGAACGCGAACAGCUGCUGACUGAUGCGAGCAUUGAGCAGAUGCCGCUUAACAUCAUGUACUGCCGGAAGACGUACUACAGCCUGUCGGCCAAGAUCGAACUGGGCGAGAUGGCGAACCUGUUCUUCGGCAGCACACAACGCUUUCUGUUCUACUUCUGUCUGGCGGUGUAUCUGUACGGAGAUUUAAGCAUUUAUUCUGCGGCCGUUGCCAAAAGUUUGCGCGAUGUUGCCUGUGCGCAUAACCAUCGGGCCAACGCAACGGAUGACGACGAUGGUACGGAUCGGUGCUGGCAGGACGGUAUACUUACCCGGCUGGAUGUGUAUCGGUUGUGCUUGGUCGCGUUCGUCACCGUUCUAGGGCCGUUCACGUUCUUUAACGUGCAGAAAACGAAAUAUCUUCAGCUCCUCACUGUGCUGUUCCGGUGGCUUGCCUUCUCCGUGAUGAUCAGUAUCGCCAUCCAUCGAUUGCUCGCACCGGUUGAUUCCACCACGUUACCGAUCACACCGAAACGGGCGGACAUUUCCGGCAUUCCAUACCUGAUCGGUACAUGCAUUUACUCCUUCAUGUGUCAUCAUUCACUGCCGAGUCUGCUGACUCCGAUCGCUAACAAAGCCCGGCUGAAGGCGUUACUUUCACUCGAUUACGUGCUAAUCGGUGGAUUCUAUUUAGCGCUCGCCCUAACCGGAAUCUUUGCGUUUGCCGACAUUAAAGAUCUCUACACACUUAACUUUGUACCGAGUCCGGACCAGACGAACGGUUUACUGAAAGCGAUCGAAUACUUUCUGGCACUGUUUCCAGUGUUUACGCUGUCGGCCAGCUUCCCGAUCGUGGCCAUUACGCUGCGCAAUAAUCUGCAAACACUCUUCCUCGAUCCGGCCCAGCUGGAAACGUACAAUUUCUUCCUGCGCCGUGUGUUCUUCCCACUGCUCGCCAUUCUUCCGCCACUGAUCGUGUGCUACUUUACGGAGAGCGUUAGCAAUCUGGUCGGCUUUACCGGUUGUUACGCUGGAACCGGCAUCCAGUACCUGAUCCCGAUAGCGCUCGUACUUUCCGCGAGGCGCACCUGCGACAAUAUGAUCGGGCGGGGCAUUGUGAAUGAAUUCCGCAGCCCGUUCAAGGGUACGUUGUGGCCGAUGCUUGUGCUCGGUUGGACCGUCGCUUGCUUGGUACUGGUGACGAUCGAUCUGGUCAUCUGA